CUCCCGUUUAACGACGCCGCGACAUUUUGCUUUUCCCGACGUCACAGCUAUUCCUCAACGUUAUAACCAUUGGUAACAUAACGUCACUAAAUAUAGGAAUUAUCAGCGUUCAUUCACUUUUCGCUUUGCAACGCUGCCAGCAAAAUGUAAUGAGUCACCACCAAGUAUUUGACCGAGAUCGUCUUCAACAUUGGUUAAGUGCCAUGCUAAGCGACGUGCCAGAAGAGCAGGGGCAGUAUGACCCGGACUCAAUUCACCGUCGUCAGCUGCGUCGAGCGGCAUCUCACUUUCCGGACCCGGAAGAAAGGAACAGAAUCAUCUCGCGUACAGUCCGUCAACUGCACGAGAUUGUCAGUCGCAACGCGCACCAGACCGGGGAUGACAUUCGGAGAAUCCUAACCUACGAGUUCGUGCGCGCACAACUUUACAACCAUGGUCACAAUGGCAACCAUUCCAGCGUCUCCAACCGAGCCACUCUCAAUGCGUAUCGACCAGGGCGCUGGCAUCGAUAUAUCGACGAAAGUGGCAGACACUUAAAUGUGGAUAAAAUGAUGCGUAGCGGGGGUAGCGGUGAAGACAUGGCCCGCCAAUACGACACUGGCUGGUCGUCAGCCGACGACGUUGACGCGGACGACGCCGACGAAAGCAGUAUGUCGACUAACGAAAAUGACGCUCAUGUUACUGAUAACGGCGUAUUCAACGGCAGCGACAACAACGAAGUCAGCGAGCCCCACGAGGACCCAUACUCUAUUUGCGACAGAUGCGUUCACGCUUCACACGACGAGGCCAAUUGCGUUGACGGUGGCGUAAGCAGCGUUUCCAGCUUUGUUUCAAUCGUUUCCCAGAAUUUCAAGCGCCCUCGACGCGUUAUAAAGAGUGUGAAAGCAUUCGUUGGGCGAUUUGUUAGGUGUCAAUGCAUUCGACCCACUGCUUUUGAUGAAUAGUUAUAAUGGACGUUCAAUUUUUUUUCCACUUUUGAAAUAUUUGAAUAUGAUAACAUAUCUAUUGAUAUCGAUAUCGAUUAUUUUAAUAAAUGAACUGCAAGAAAGUU